AACCUCCAGUACCUGGUUCAUAUCAGUGUACAGCAGCCUCACUGCAGCAGUCAGUUUAAAUUCAGGACACGGACUGAUUAUUAACAUCGAAACCUGGAUUUGUCUUUUACACGGGUUUUGAAUGCCACGGUUGUCGUGACAUGAUUUGUUUCAGUCCAAUCCUUCGUGUCUGAAGAUUUUUAUUCGUGAUAAAACGACAUGGAAGCGACAAAACCAGCCAGUGUGAUCACCUACAUCAGCUCAUCAGGCUCUACCUCCAGCCGGUCACCCUCCUCAUCACCUCUCCCUUUAAUGGCACAGGGCUGCAAGAUGGAAAUGCCCACCACCAGCCCUCUCAGUGCGCCCAAACAUGCCAACUCCGGCUUGCUCUAUGCCAACUCCUCAGAGAAAAGUGCCUCUAAGUGCAACAUCACGAAACUCAACGGCAUGGUGCUGCUGUGUAAAGUGUGUGGCGACGUGGCAUCAGGCUUUCAUUAUGGAGUGCACGCUUGCGAAGGGUGCAAGGGUUUCUUCCGGAGGAGCAUUCAGCAGAAUAUCCAAUACAAGAAGUGCAUGAAGGCUGAGAACUGCAUCAUCAUGCGCAUCAACCGCAACCGCUGCCAGCAGUGCCGAUUUAAGAAGUGCCUGUCAGUGGGGAUGUCACGCGAUGCUGUGCGCUUUGGUCGCAUCCCGAAGCGGGAGAAGCAGCGCAUGCUCCUGGAGAUGCAGAACGCCAUGAACAGCAUGAUGAGCGGCUCCCAGGCGCACCAAGACCCCAGCUCCUGCUCGCCGUCCUCCUCCUCUUCCUCUCCAUCGCCUCCGUUGUCUCCGCGCAGCCACCAGGACUCUGAGGCGGCGAUGCCAAUGGAUACCUUCAUGAGCUCUGCCUCGUCCUGCUCCUCCGACAGCGGAGAGGAGGACUCGGCGCCUCGUCCGGAGGAGUUUCGCCUGCCCCAAUCUUCAGCGGGCGCCUUUUCACCAAGUCUCACAGAGAGACUGAGCAGCAGCAGCAUCUCUAAUAAGUGCAGCUCUCCCUGUCAGAGUGGGCAGGACGUCAGCUUCCAGUACCACUGCGUCCCCAGCAGCGCUCAGAUUGAUAAUGCGCCGUGCUGCCACUACGGCAGGCGCAAUCUGAACGAGAUCGCCGAAAAGGCCCCAAACCGGGCGUUUCUGGUUUGUCCCAUGAACACCUCACCCGUAGUGAAUCCGUCUAAAUCCAGCCAUGAGAUCUGGGAGGAGUUCUCCCUGAGUUUUACCCCCGCCGUCCGAGAGGUGGUGGAGUUCGCCAGGCAGAUUCCCGGCUUUCGCGACCUCUCGCAACACGACCAGGUCAGCCUUCUCAAGGCUGGAACGUUCGAGGUGCUGAUGGUGCGCUUCUCCUCGCUGUUCGACGUGCAGCAGCGGACCGUGAGGUUCCUGAGUGGGCAGAGUUACAGUGUGGAGGCUCUGCGCUCCAUGGGCGCCGGAGAGCUGCUCUGUUCCAUGUUCGACUUCACCGAGAAGCUCACGGCUCUGCGACUCAGCCCCGAAGAGAUGAGCCUCUUCACCGCCGUCGUCCUCAUCUCCGCAGACCGCACCGGCAUCGAGGACGCGAGGUCUGUGGAGGCUCUGCAGGAGAACCUGAUCCGAGCCAUGAGAAACCUGAUCGUGAAGAAUCACUCGAACGAAGCCACCGUGAUCACCAAGCUGCUGCUGAAGCUGCCGGAGCUCCGGUCGCUCAACAACAUGCACUCGGAGGAGCUGCUUUCCUUCAAGGUUCAUCCUUAAACCUGCACCCGCUCAUCUACUGGAACGGACCAACCCGACUGUAUACUGUUCUACUGAAUGUAUUCACGCUGUGGGACUUGAGUUCUGGUAUAAAAGGGUUUAGGGAAUACGGAAGUCCAGAGAGGCCACACGGUAUCAUUUUCCCCCUACCAAAUUUUGUCCGAUUACCAAAGCUACUCACCUAGUGACCAGGUAGACCAAGUAGCAUCUUGAGAUUCUAAAUCUUGAGCGCUUUCAAUGUAUUGCCUUUUCAUAUACAAUCGUAGACAUAGUUUAGGAAGUUUGGGGUUAUAGAAUCGGCCAUACUUAAACAGAAUGAACAGUGUAUGAAUGGGGCCACAGUAAAUUCAUAGGAAAGUGUGCUAAGACAUUAAAUUACUCAUAAAUUGAAUGAUAGGAUAAAUAGAAGCUACAAUACACAGCACAGCAACCUUAAUCGUUGAAUUUAAACCUAGAACGUCCAGAAACGACCUCAAAGACGAAAGUUCUCGCCCGUGUUUUGAUUCUUCCCCACGUCCACAGAAUUGGUUGUUAGUUUUCCAAACUCAGUUACCCGAGUCGUGUUUUUAGCUGCCUUAGAUUUCGACAUCUUGGACAUUUUGACUAAGCGAUUGCUAACUGAAUUGCCGUAGGAUUGCUAGGACGCCUUAAAAUGCAGAUUAACCAGUAAACGUGAGGCGCUUGAACGCUACACGGAUAAAAAAAUGUUUAAUCGCUAAACACAAACCUUACAUUUUGAAUUUCUUAGUUAUGAAGAGAUUUCCAUUUGGCACAAAUGGAAGCCCUUGGUUUGGCACAGUUUUACCCUCCUGCUGAGUAACUACCCCUAUUGAAAUUUGAUAGAGUGGAAUGGAUGUAAUAGCUUACUUGCUGUUACAGUUCUGAAGUAACAUGACACCUCCAGCCAAUCACGUUACUCGAUUUACGCUUCAGGAGCAUUAAGGAGCGAACCCUUGCUAUUGGAACUCAAGGGCUCAACUGGGCCAAGAACAAAGCCUUCUGGGGCGGCACGGUGGCUAAGUGGGUAGCACUGUCGCCUCACAGCAAGAAGGUCUUGGGUUCGAUCCCCAGGUGGGGCGGUCCGGGUCCUUUCUGUGUGGAGUUUGCAUGUGUCUGUGUGGGUUUCCUACGGGAGCGCCGGUUUCCUCCCACAGUCCAAAGACGUGCAAGUGAGGUGAAUUGGAGACACUAAAUUGUCCAUGACUGCGUUCGAUAUAACCUUGUGAGCUGAUAACCCUUGUGUAACGAGUAGGAAUGUAACGAUUUACCACAAUACAGUUAAUAACCGAUUCAAAAAUUCCACGAUUCAAAUCGAUUUCACAUGUAAAGUGAAUCAAUAUUCACUUUAAACAGCAGAGGGCGCUGGCGCUACAUACCUCGCCUGGUUGACGUCACUGGCGCUAUACGCCUGGUUGCCAAAUCCGGGGUUUUUCAGCCAAAUUGGGCUUAAUUCUAAAUUGUUUUGCAUAGUUUGUACCUACCUCAGAAAUAAAAGGUCAUUCAUUAUUUAGGUAAAUAAAAGAUAAUCACAAAUACAGGAUUUUAUUUUCUUUUUUAAAGAGAAAUAAUAAAAGGGAACUUUGUCAUAAUUUGCCUUCAAUUAAAGAAAAAAAUCUGGAAAAAAUCAUAUCGUGAACCCAGUAUCGUGAAUCGCAUCGUAUCGUGAGUAACCACCGUUCCUGUCAUGAAUGUAACCAAAAGCAUGACGUUAAAAUCCUAAUAAACAAACAAACGAAGCUUUCUGUACGCCUCAAACUCUGGGUCCAAUCAGAUGUCAGUGUAAAAGAGAAGUAUUUGGAGUUUUUGUUGCUUCAUGUGAUUUUUAUCUGACCGUAUGACGUUCAUUUACUCUCUCAUACUCUCUCAUACUCUCUCUUGGUCUUUAAAACUGAUUCUUUGCACAGAACGUCGUUCGAAUUAUACUUAUAAGUGGGAAAAAUGAACGUUAAUGAAAAUCACCUCAAGGUGGUUACAAGUCUGGUGAAAAUGCACACACAAGCUUUGAACAUACAGAUGAAGAUAGAGGUCCUAACACUGUUGUACAGUACAUGCAGCGUGUUCGUGCUGCAGUAUUCACACACACAUUUCAUCUUACUCAGUGAGUGUCAUGCUGCAUGAUUUAUUCAGACCCCAGCGUAAACGGCUAGGCUGAAUACUGCAUGGCUGCUCGGACUUCCGCUAAAAUGCCCUCAUACCCCCAGUACACAUGAAACGUCUGUAAAACGUUUUGCACAUGCUCAGUUUGUUUGCAGUACACAGCAUCACUGCUGUUCUUUUCCCAAAUGUAUUGAGUCGUGACCGUACUGGACGAUGUUUUGAUUCUUCUCUCCUCUUGUUUUUGCACCCUUGAUUUAAAAAAGUAACAUGUGCAAUAGGUGCUACUGCAUGAUUGUGUUAGAGUAACUACAGGCGAAGUCAAAACUUUACAUACAUCUGGAACGUGGAAGCAACUGUAAAGAUCCACAUGACUUAUUUGUGCUUAUUUAAAUAAGGCUGGUCUGGCUGCAAACAUUCCAUUCAUAAAUUUGGCAAGUGGACUCUUGGUAGGGUCAGGAAAAGCACCCAUAUGGACAGAUUGUGUAUAGGAAAAAAAAACAGGUCAGCUGUAAAUUAGAAGCUGCUGAAACAAGGGUGCUACUGUCUCCAGUCGAGCAGGCUUUAUAUUGACAUGGAAGUGUGUUGCAGGCUUGACUGUGAAUGUUAAAGCCCACAAUGAACUUUAAAGGGAGAAAAAAAUUUAUGUAAACGUUUGACUUCACCCGUAGACGUGGUAUAGUGUCCAUAAAAGAGAUUCCUUCCUUCCUUCCUCGCUUUACUGACCUUUAUGUUGAACUGAAGAGCGAGACGGUGGUGUUUUGUUUGUAUGAAAUUAGUUUUGUAUUUUAUCGAUGAAUGUAUAUCGCUCGCCUGCACGUCUAGUCUUGCUUGUACGGUGCGAGUUUCCAGAUGUGCUGCUUUUGCACAGUGGCAGCGAGGGACAGAACUCGCGGUGUUCGAUGUGUACAGGAGUCUAUGCAGCAUCACGGCGCAGGAUCGAGGGGACCCGAAUCGCACGCCGGUGUCCGUCUUCCAUCGAGUGAAAGAUCAGUGGGUUACCGGUGUGACUGAAUCCAUGUUAUGCACUGUAUACGGAGAUUAACUCUAUUUAUAAACUUCAUACGAGGCGGAUAUGGACGGAUGACCUCACAGCUUGUUACUAGACUGGACAGGUUCAGGACCUGUCCAUCCCACCCGUCUCUACACCUUAAUGCAUAAAGAAGAAGCUGAACGAUGCGAUGUGGAGGAGAUUCCAUUAUUAAACCAUGAUAAAGUUCUAUAUAUGAUGUAAUAUAUACAUGUGGUCUUUGUGUAAAUCAGAUAUCUAUAUAUCGUAUAUCAAUAAAUAUCUAUGAAGCAUCUACAGGAAAUGGCA